AUGUCCCACUCUCCGCUUUCAGCAGCCUCCUCACGCUCACCCUUCCUAAACCUCCCUCCCGAGCUCCGCCAAAGAAUCUACAUGAAUCUCCUGACAACUCCAUCGCCCAUCCUCGGCCCCAUCGCCCGCGGUUCCCAAACCUACUCCAUCCAUACCUCCAUCCUCCGCGUCUCCCGCCAUAUCAACGCAGAAGCGCGCCCAAUAUUCUUUUCACAAAACACAUUCGUCAUCACCAGCAUGCCGUCCUCAUCAGAAGAUGACCUCGUUUCGGGCGCUGGCGCGUUUGAGCCACCGCUACAACUCAAAGACCUGCCACUUGUACGAAAAUUGGAAAUCGACGUCUUGUUCUAUCCAAAAGUCCUACGCGUGCUUGAGGGACGCAAGUACGGCGGCUGGAGUCCAGUGUGUGAAGCUGCAGAACGCUAUGUAGGCAGCUUGGUCGGGGUUUUGGGAGCUGUGGAAAAAUCAUUGUUGAGCCUGAGAUUGAGUGCGGAUACACGGCGCUAUACCGCAGUUGCCUUGCCCUCGCCGCAGAAACAGAAAGAGGAGGGUAAAAAGGAGGCGAAAGCAGGAGAAGAACAAGAAGACGGACUCGAUUUUCGCAAAAUCCUAACUGGCUUCCACAUGCUAGACCGCAAUCCCCGCUUCCGCGAGGUGCAGGGAAAGCUCGCACUCGUCCCAACCAUUUCGCUCCAUUUCGACUUUAUCGAUUGCUCUUUCGAUUUUGAGAUUGAGCGGAGUGUCCUGUGUAACCAGAGAUUUGCAGAGCUGGCUGGACAAGUCUUGAUGAAGCGGAAUGAUAUUCAGGCGCGCAUGGCAAUGCAAGACGUCGAUGGGAACAAUGAUACAGAUGGGGAGGCACGGGGCAGUGUCCGGCCUAGGGGUUACACGGAGGUCUUGGAGUGCUUCGCUUGA